AUGGUCGUCUUUCCUUCCACGUCGUCCGUUUCACCUGCCGUGCGACGCUUCCUCUCCGCCCCUUCUUCCUCCCGAACACCGGUGCGACCCACCGCCCGCACCUUCGCCACUCAUGCACAGGACAACUUUCGCAUCCCGAUCAUUGACUUCAGCAAGUACCGUCACGCUACCUCUGCUGCGCAGAAGGCGGAGACUGCGCAGGAGAUCGUUCGCGGCUUCACCGACGUCGGCUUCAUCUAUCUCACCAACCAUGGCAUUCCCGACGAGACCGUCAAGGGUGCGUUCCAAAAGAGCGCCGAGUUCUUCAGAAUGCCUAUCGAGAAGAAGACUGAGCUUGCAUGGCGCGACCCCCGCGCCAACCGUGGUUUCGUCAAGGUCGGCCGUGAGCGCGUGACCCAGUCCGCGGAUGCGGACGAGAUCAAGCAGCUGCGCGAGAAGGCUCCGGACUACAAGGAGUCCAUGGAGAUCGGCCGUGACUGGGACGCGACCUACAAAAACUACUGGCCACAGGAGGCCGACGCGCCCGGGUUCAAGAGCACCAUGCUCAACUUCUUCCAGACGUGCCAUGACCUCCAUGUCCUGGUGAUGCGCUCUAUCGCGUUAGGGCUCAGGCUCGAGGAGAGCUUCUUUGACAACAAGAUCAACGAGCAGUAUCACAACCUUCGGCUGCUCUCUUACCCGCCCAUUAAGACGUCACUCCUGAAGAAGGAGGGCACUGCGCGUGCAGGCGCGCAUUCCGAUUACGGCACUCUUACGCUGCUGUUCCAAGACCAAGUCGGAGGUCUCGAAGUCCAGAACCCACACACUGGUCAAUUUCAGGCUGCGACGCCCGUCCCUGGUACCAUCGUUAUCAACGCCGGUGACCUGCUUGCUCGCUGGAGCAACGAUGUGCUCCGUUCGACCCUCCACCGCGUCGUCGCGCCACCCGCAAACGCGGUCAGCGACACCGAGGCCAUCACUCCUGACCGCCAAUCGAUCGCGUUCUUCUGCAACCCGGACCAAGGCGCAGAGAUCUCCUGCCUCCCGACGUGCCUGGUUCCCGGCAGCAAGCCCAAGUACCCGUCCGUGACUACGGAGGAUUACAUCGUUGGGAGACUUAAAGCCACGUACACGUAA